ACUGUCAGCCGGAGAUAUCACUGCACAGACCAUGGCUGCUACACUGCUAGGGGAGGAGCCCCGGCGAGGCAGCACACCGCUGGCCAUGCUGGCCGCCACUUGCAGCAGAAUCGGUGACCCCAGCCCCUCAUGCUCCCCUGGUCUUUCCGAUGGAGCCCCGGGACUUGGCAAGGGCUUUCACCCGUGGAGGAGAGGCGCCCCGGGCACCAACAACCUGGGUGCCUGUCUCACCUCGUUAGGGGGUCCCUCUGGAGCCUCCAGGUGUAACGGGUCCGGACUGACGGAGACCUCCAGCGCUUUCUCGGUGACCACUGCCAACUCCUCUUUUGGAAAUGACUUUUCGAUGUACCAGACCGCUGUUCCUUCAGACAACAGUGUUCCCGAUCCCGCGCACGCACAGCGGUCUGUGUUUCUGACCAAAUUCCCCUCCUCGGUGGAGGGCAUAGCGGGAAUAUAUCCGAGGAUGCACCCGCAUCCUUAUGAGUCAUGGUUCAAGCCCGUUGGAGACGUCAGUAAUGGAUCUACUGCGUGGUGGGACAUGGGAACCAGCUGGGUGGACACACAGAGCCCAGCCGGGUUAUCCUCUCCUCUGAGCGGCUACAGCACUGACUACAGCUCCGCUUUCAGCCCCGGUACCUCUCAGCACCUGCUCCCCGGCACACAGCACCUGUUUGACGGCUUCAGGCAACCUGUCCCGGCUCCCUACACGGAAGCUACGACGACGGGGGCACCUGCGCUCACAGGGACCCCCAUCGUUUCUCUGCCCCCAUCUUCCCGCUCCUCCCGGCGCUACACUGGCAGAGCCACGUGCGACUGUCCUAACUGCCGAGAGGCGGAGAGCCUUGGCCAGGGGGGCACGAGCCCUCGGCGUAGGGGCUUGCACAGCUGCCACAUCCCAGGAUGUGGCAAAGUUUACGGUAAGACCUCUCACCUGAAGGCUCACCUGCGCUGGCACACCGGGGAGAGGCCGUUUGUCUGCAAUUGGCUCUUCUGCGGGAAACGCUUCACGCGCUCAGACGAGCUGCAGCGGCAUUUGCGCACGCACACCGGGGAGAAGCGAUUCGAGUGCCCCAUUUGCCACAAACGGUUCAUGCGCUCCGACCACCUUAGCAAGCACGCGAGGACGCACAACGCGGAUGGCUCAGAGGAUGGCGGGGAACCGGGGAUCGGUAAAGGGUGCAGCGACACGGACAAUAGCCUCUCAGGUAGCCCGAGCCAGUCUCCCGGGCGCGAGACUGUCCAAACCACUGACGGACAGAGUGUGGUGGAAUAAUUUACAACACGAACAAAGCAGCACGUGGGCAUUUAAUUACACUGUAGGCCUACCAGCCUGAAUGGAGUGUGUUUUUUCUUGGACACUUAAAAACUGAAAUGGCACUUUAUGAUGAACUUCAGCUGUGAGUGAACACUGUGUCCUUACCUCAUCUAGACCUAUGCUAAAAAAUAAAAUAAAU